AUGAAUCCCAUUCGUGUCUAUCCACUUAAAUUUACAACUCAAGAUUCCAUUGUUAAUUCUCCUGGCCUUAAAAAGAAACCUUAAGCAUCUGACCGUACACGCACUUUUCAAUUAAAGUAUCAUCAAAUUCCAAUUAAGUCCUCCCUCUUAAUAAAGUAGAAGCAAUUAAAAAAGAUAUCAAACAGGAGGAAUUAACAAUUAAGAUGAAAAAAUCAAGAUUGUAUCAAUAUCAUUUUGUUAUCUUAUCAUAGGUUACUUAAAAGAAAUUAUCAUUACUUUAACCAUCUAGUUAUUCGCCAAAAAAAAGAGUAAUUAGUAAUAAUAAUGAUAAACCAGACAUCUUUAAAUUCUCAAAUUAACAAAAUGAGGUAUCAUUUAUAUCUAUUCAAAUCACUAGCCAUUAUCUCCUACUAAAUUGCCAAAUUUGAAAAGAAGUGAAUCUAGUAAUACUUAAUAGGAACCUCAAGCUCGAAUUGAUCUUAGUUAAUCACAAAAAAGAAGUAAGAGAACAGAUGCUAGUAAUGCUGAUAACAUUCCAUAAGUACAUUCUAAAAAUGAUAGUUAAGAAUAAAACUUCAUUUCUAAAAUUUUAUUAGGAUUCUUCUCCAAAAUUGCGUUCGAUAUAGAGUAGAGUUAGUUCAUAAGCUAUUGUAUAAGAGAUUUAAAUAAAACCUAAAAUGCCUUAAUAAUUAAUAAUGUUACAUGGAAGAUCUACUAGUCAAGCUGCUCUUGUAAAUUCUAAUGGAACUGAAGAUGAUGAACUGUAAGAUUUUGUUUAAUUGUUUUUAUCUAAGUAUUUUGAAUAACAAUUUAUUUUUAAAGAUCAUAAGCAGGUCAAAAUGGGAAUAAAUAAACAAAAACAAAUUAAGAUUCAGUUAUUAUUUCGAAUAAUUUUGGAGGAAUAAAGAAUAGGUUUAAAUAUAAUAUAAUUUAGAUAUUUAUUCUCGAUAUGUGACGGUCAUGGAGUAUAUGGACAUUAUGUAUCUUAAUUGGUUAAAAGAGUUUUACCGACAAUAAUAGAUUAAUAAAUAAAGACAUUUAUUGGGAAAAAAGAAAUAGAUAUAGGAGAAGAGUUUUAUACAGAAGUAGAAAAGUGUUUUUAGAGUGGUUAUUAAAAAAUGUCUAAAGAUUUAGUAAAUGUAGAUAAAUAUAGAAUUAGUCAUCUUGUGGUAUUGAUAUAGCAUUUAGUGGUACAACUUGUUCAAGUGUGUUUGUUUCUGGUAAUAAUUUAUGGUGUGCAAAUAUUGGAGAUUCAAGAUCUGUAUAUAGUUAAAAAUAAUUAGAAUAGAUAUUCAUUGAAUAGAAUAGAGAUUCAAAUAAGUGGAAAAUAAUUGAAUUAAGUAAUGAUCAUAAACCUGAUUUACCAGGAGAGAAGAAAAGAAUUUUGGUCAGUAAAGGAAGAGUUUAACCAUUUGUGGCAGAAAAUGGUUAGAAUAUUGGACCAGCUAGAGUUUGGUUGAUGCAUGAAUAGUUUCCAGGAUUAGCUAUGAGUAGAUCUUUUGGUGAUUAUGUUGCAUCAACAGUUGGAGUUAUAUCUGAUCCAGAAUUAAUUUAUCAUAAGAUGAAUUCUAAAUGUGGAUUCUUAGUUAUUGCUAGUGAUGGUGUAUGGGAAUUUCUAAGCAAUGAAGAAGUUCAAUAGAUUAUAUGCAGCUAUUGGAGUGCUUAAAUGAAUGCUAAAAAAAUUGAUGAAAUGAUGGAAAGCAUUGUUAGAGAAUCUACUAAAAGAUGGUAAGAAGACGAUGAAGUAAUAGAUGAUAUUUCAAUUAUUAUUGCAUAUUUCUCUUGA